AUGGAAGCCAUUGCGGCAGGCUCCGCAGUCGUCGCAUUCAUCAGUCUUGCAGGCCAAAUCACACAAGGCUGCCUGUAUAUCCGAACUCUCCUCGUUGAUGCCAGCGAAGCCGCCGAGGACAUACGACACCUGGGGACAGAAUCUCUUGUUGAUCUCGAUGACGCUGGUAUUCCUGAAGGGCAAACAAACUCGGUACAGCUCGCGCUCGACUACAGCGACGAGGCGGUAACGGGGUUGGUCAAGUUGAUUGCAAAGAACAAGAAACUUGGGGGUAGAUGGGGUCAAGUCAAGUUUGCAUUUGCAAAGGAGAAGUGUGCCAAGUAUAUUUCACGGUUAGAGAGGGCAAAAGGCUACAUAUCGACAGCACAGGCUGGAAUCUUACUGUGA